AUGAGUUUGCUAGAGGAGGAAAUAAGCGUGUCAGAUGAACGGUACCAAUUGAGGCUGAUGAUCUUUCAAUUUGACUAUUUGCUGCUAUUAAAYAGAACAAAUGGAGACAUGGAAUGGGCAUCUUCAGAGACGUCUGCAGUAGUUCGCUACUUUUACUCUCCCGUCUACGUAGCAACUUUAUUUGCAUCAGAGAGCACUUACAAUUUAAACGCUCAAAUCGGUGAAUCGUCAGCAUGUGCUACUGCAUUAUUGUGUGGUGUAAAAGCCAAUUUCGAAACAGUUGGCUUGGACGGCAAUGGAAAGUUUGAAAACUGUUAUUCCAGUUUUGGGUCUAGAGUUGACUCAUUAGCUUACUGGGCUCAACAGCAGGGUAAAUCGACUGGACUAGUAACCAAUACUCGAAUUACUCAUGCUACACCGUCAGCGUUAUACGCGCACUCACCUAGCCGAUAUUGGGAAGAUGACGGAAAAGUGCCAAUACCUUCAAGAAAAUCAUGUAAGGACAUUGCCCGCCAACUGGUGGAGGAUGAUCCAGGUCGAUUUAUAAACGUAAUACUGGGUGGUGGCAGAAGACACUGGUUACCAAAAGUAGCACAAGAUCCAGAACUACCUACCGACGAGGGUAGACGAUUAGACGGCCGGAAUUUGAUUGACGAUUGGAUUAGAGACAAAAAGAAACGAAACAUUAAAGCUGAAUAUGUGUGGAAUAAUAGUCAGCUUGACAAAAUUGAUGCAAAAAAUGUUGAUUAUCUUUUAGGUUUGUUUGCGUAUUCGCACAUGGAGUUCGAGGUGGACCGAGACAAAGGACAAAACGGUGACCCACCCCUACAUGAGAUGGCCGUCAAAGCGUUAUCUAUACUCCAGAAGAACAAUAAAGGAUUUUUUCUGUUUGUUGAAAGUGGCCGCAUCGACCACGCGCAUCAUUACAACAAUCCUUACAGGGCGUUAGAGGAAACGCUUGUCCUGGAAUCCACGCUGGAAGCCAUUAUGUCUAAGGUAGACUUGUCAGAUACACUCAUUGUUGUCACUGCGGAUCAUUCACAUGUAAUGACAAUGGGAGGAUUGGCAACCCCUCGUGGCAACGAUAUAUUGGGAGUAGACGUGAAGCCAUCGGACGUGGACGGGCUGCCGUACAGCACGCUGCUCUAUGGUAACGGACCCGGCCACAAUGCUGAACAUCGAUUAGUGCCUAUGAUGAACGCCACUGACGCGGAGACGCACAACCGGUUGCACGGGGCCGCUGUGCCUCGGCAGUGGGCCACGCAUGGAGGCGAAGAUGUGCCGGUGUACGCGGCUGGGCCACAGGGUAUCACGCAAGCGCUUUUCUCUGGAACGUUCGACCAGUCUUACGUACCACAUGCCAUCGCUUACGUGGCGUGUUUGGCCGAAUACGCCGAACGGUGUCGGCGGCAGGAUGCCGAAGCCGUCAACCGGAGCAACAGUGACGCCACAUUUGUCGCCAGUAAAGCUGGCGUCCUCGGGGUUGGACCCUCCUCGCAGGGCUGCUCKGUGGAUACGAACGCCGUGACCAGGACUGCGGCGACGGGUGGCGCCAAGAGCGGAGCGGCCAUUGUUCUGGCGAGCAGCGUGUUGUCCGACAACGGAUCGUCCAAGCAGACCAACAACACGAACCCACUGCUGAACUUGGGUUACGCACUGAUCGCUGCGGCAGCCAUGCUCGUGGUGGCGGUCACGUAAGUCUCGAUAAGGGCUUGUGUGCUCUGCACUCGAUCUCGGUGACAUUGCACUUGUAAUAUCUAUAUAUACGUAUACAAUAAUAUAUUAUGUCGUUAUUAUUAUUUUUUUAUUAUAUUCAUCAUAAAAAAAUUCACGAAUGGUUGUGGCAUCAAAGACGCCAUAGUCAUCUGGUGACGUGUGUAUGAAUCAAUGGAUUUUUUUUUUUUAUUAUUAUUAUUUUUAGUGUAUUUAGUGAUUUUUUGUGUAUGUUGUGCGGUGGGUAGGUGGAAGUAGAGGGGCAAGUAAACUCAGACGAAGUAAUAAAGACGACACCUUAUAAUACAUAAAUCGUUGGUUUGAGAUAACAUCCUGCAUACGCGGUAUGCGCCACGAUGCACACACGUGCGUGUAUGGUAUUUAAAUUACAUACCAGAGGUACACGCGCCGAGAGCAUAAUAAUGUACGUUUUAUAACGUAAUGUGCGUACGUAAUAAUAUUUUCUAUAAAUCUGUCUUUUUUUUUUUA